AGAAGUCCUGGAGGGGAUUUGGGAGCGAAGAAGAAGAAAAAGAAGCAGAAGAGAAAAAAGGAGAAACCAAAUUCUGGAGGCACCAAAUCAGAUUCUGCGUCUGACUCCCAGGAGAUUAAAAUUCAGCAGCCUUCAAAAAAUCCAGCCAUUCCCAUGCAGAAGCUUCAAGACAUCCAGAGAGCAAUGGAGCUGCUCUCUGCAUGCCAAGGCCCAGCAAAGAAUAUUGAUGAGGCUACCAAACGUAAAUACCAGUUUUGGGAUACACAACCUGUACCAAAACUUAAUGAAGUUAUAACUUCACAUGGUGCAAUUGAACCAGAUAAGGACAAUGUCCGCCUAGAGCCAUAUUCUUUGCCACAGGGUUUUAUGUGGGACACAUUGGAUCUUAACAAUGCUGAAGUUCUGAAGGAAUUAUACACACUGUUAAAUGAGAAUUAUGUAGAAGAUGAUGAUAAUAUGUUUAGGUUUGAUUAUUCACCUGAAUUUCUUCUGUGGGCACUACGUCCUCCAGGUUGGUUACCCCAGUGGCACUGUGGGGUUAGAGUGUCUUCAAACAAAAAACUGGUAGGAUUCAUAAGUGCCAUUCCUGCAAAUAUUCGUAUUUAUGACAGUGUGAAGAAAAUGGUAGAAAUCAAUUUUCUUUGUGUCCAUAAGAAACUGAGAUCUAAGCGGGUAGCGCCUGUACUGAUUCGGGAAAUUACCAGAAGAGUAAACCUGGAAGGAAUUUUUCAGGCUGUUUACACUGCUGGAGUGGUACUCCCCAAACCUGUGGCCACUUGCAGGUAUUGGCAUCGAUCACUGAAUCCCAGAAAAUUGGUGGAGGUGAAAUUUUCACAUUUGAGUAGAAACAUGACUCUACAAAGAACAAUGAAGCUCUACAGACUUCCUGAUGCCACAAAGACUUCAGGUUUGAGACCAAUGGAACAAAAAGAUACUAAAGCAGUACAAGAAUUAAUCAACACUUACUUGAAACAGUUUAAUCUUGCUCCUGUGAUGGAUGAAGCAGAGGUAGCCCACUGGUUCCUGCCUCGGGAUCAUAUUAUUGACACUUACGUAGUAGAGGGCUCAAAUGGUAUUUUAACAGACUUCCUGAGUUUCUACACAUUACCUUCAACAGUGAUGCACCAUCCUGUUCAUAAAAGCCUCAAAGCUGCCUAUUCCUUUUACAAUAUUCAUACAGAGACCCCCCUCUUGGAUUUAAUGAAUGAUGCACUCAUUAUAGCUAAAUUGAAAGGAUUUGAUGUGUUCAAUGCACUAGAUUUAAUGGAGAACAAAACAUUCCUGGAAAAACUCAAGUUUGGGAUUGGAGAUGGAAAUUUGCAGUAUUAUUUGUACAAUUGGAGGUGUCCUGGCAUGGAAUCUGAAAAGGUUGGUCUUGUAUUACAAUGAGGACGCUUAUGUUUCUAGAACUCUGAGGUCAUGGUUUCAGUUAAUUUGGUCUCCAGUCUGGUUCAAGAGGAGUAAAAGCACAACUUUGGUGAUACCGAAAUAGUCCGUUAAACCUGAAAAAUGAAGACAUCCAUAUGCGACCAAAUUUAUGCAUUUUCAGAUAGAUCAGGAGGUCCAUGAAACUCUUUUAUUGUCAUGAAAAGAAUAAAAGCACAUUCAUUUAAGUUUCAAAGCUUAGCUUGCACCUUGAUGAGAAGAAGGUAUUUUUUUUCCACUCUUUAGAAAAGACUGUUUUGUACAAACUGAACUUAAGUGGUGGAUUAGGGUACAAAAAUAUUUGCUAUUAUGUGGAAGAACUGCUGCAUUUCUAUUUAUUAAGUGGUGUUGUAUGUUUGUCAGUGUAAGAGAAUGAAGGAUACAAACUUGAGUAUCUUUGCCUAUUUACUUCACGUGGAUAUCAUCAUUUGGGGGAAAACCAUGAAGUAUGAUACGUUUGUAGCUCUAUGAAAGUCCUGGGUGUUUUUGUAACUGGAGCAGUAUGACAAUGUACUGGUUUAACUAGUACAUUUUUUUUUCUCCAUACACAAAGCUGCCAAAUCAAUAAAAAUACAGAUUUAUACUUUGAUCUUCAAUAGAUCAGUGGAUUGAUUUAACAGUAUCGCACUGUUCAGUGCAGGUGUUACCUAUUUGCUGGAAUGAUAAUACAUUACUGUACUUACUUUACAGUUGUGGCACAAAACCUUAGUUUUUCCUCAGUAGAAUAACAUCAGCCUGUGUGUAAAACUAAGAAUUUUAGUAGUGCUAUCAGGAUAUUUAUAGUUUGAAUGUUUUCAACGCUUCUGCAAAAUUGCACAUAUUUCUUUGUCUACUUUGAUUUCCUAUGAAGUCUGUAAUUCCAAUGAAAAGUAUCUUGUGUAAAUACGUAGUUAUAAAUUGUUCCUGGUAGUGUUUUUAUCCUGACUUGGAACAAGAAGUUUUGCUAUUUAUGUGGCUGGUAAGCAGAAGAGAAAUGGUCAACCCUCAGUCCUUGGAAGUCUCUGUACUGUGCUUCCUGAAAUGUAGAAGGGCUGACCUUUGUUGUCAGGGGGAGCUGUUUUAAUUCCAUCAUGAAUGCUCAGCAACCAGAAUGGCUUCUGAAGCACUUUAUAUGUGUUCCAGCGUAGCAUCCUAGCGAGAUACAAUAGCAGUUCUUUCAGCUCAUGGAUGCUGUAGUAAUGUGAGCACCAAGAAAACCUGCAUCAGGAAACUGUUCUAGCUGAAAGUGCCAAAUUGUGGUAGUGAAGCCUCUGUGCUGUGAGCAUCUUUUGAAUGUGACUUGAAUAUCUUAUGAAAUGCAAAUGUCUGAACUUUCCUUUUAAACAUGCCUGUAAUUCUGACAGCAGGUUUUGCUGAAAGUUGAACUCUGUACCUGAAAACAUUAAUUCAGAUGAAGA